AUGGCAAACCCGGUAGAGUUGCCUGCCGCUACCUACCGCAUCCUCGAAUCCGAAGGACUGCACCAGAUGCCCUUGGAAUGGUACCGCGAGGACGUUUUGACCCAGAGCCAAGUGGAGGUAAUCGUUGGCAACUACAAGGCUGGAGGCUUUGUCCGGGCGCUUGCCGAUGCCUACAAGUCCAACUUGAAAGCCUUUUGUCCUGUGGCUGCAAUGCAUCAGGUGAUCGGUUAG